UGUAAUGGCGUACUCGCACACGAUAACGCAAGGAAUGACGGCUCUUUCUAUUGGAGUAGGAUUCAGUGGUUUCGCUAUAUCCGGAUUUAAUGUCAACCAUUUGGAUAUUGCUCCUAGAUACGCUAGUAUUUUGAUGGGGAUGUCAAAUGGUAUAGGUACCGUUGCUGGAGCCAUAGUGCCGUAUGUUGUGCAUUUGAUUGUGAAACAUAAGACUAAAGAAGAAUGGCGAAUCGUCUUCAUCAUAUCAGCAUUCGUUCAUUAUUCCGGAAUUAUAUUUUACGGUAUAUUCGCUUCUGGAGAUCUGCAACCGUGGGCAGAUCCUACUGCCGAAGAAGAAAAGCAGUGGAAUCAAAUGAAUGAAGCCGUACCCAUUAAAAAUCCACAACCUCAAAACGGGCUGUUUCAAAGACAGCCGAGCAACGCAGCCAACUAUGGUUCAGUGGAAACGCCUCUAGGUGCGCGUCCUCCUUCGAGACCACCACGACCUCCAUCGCUAUCGUCUCAAUCAUCGCAGCAAUUUUCGCAAGAAGGAAACGCAUCGCAAAUAUUUCCGCCGGAGAUUCCCGUCGCUCCAGCGGGAAAUCCUUUCCGAUCUUCGUCGAAUCCGUUCCGUUCCGAAGCCGUUCAACCGACUGCUCAAGAUCCUUACUUACAUGGUACUAUAAACGAUAGAACUUAUUGA